AAGUUUUAAGUUAUUGAUAGUAAAAAAAUAAAAAAUUAGUAUCCAGUCAAGAUCUAGACUAAAAUAGAUGAAAUUUUCAAACUAGAAAGUCCAUUUGCUUAUAUACAUUUGCUCAAGAGCUGAAUUGCCAUAAAAACUUUAUCUUUAUUAUGGGGAAAGGUAUCUAUUAAUCUCGAGAGGUCUGUCUGUCCGUCCGUGCGUCAAAGCUGCCUAGAACCAGCAUUAUACCCCGGCAACGCCCUUUGAUAGGUUUCUAGACCCAAAGGUAAAAGGCAGAGUUAGAAGUGAAAUGUCAACACAUUCCAUCAACUGUAACGCUUGCCCACUUUGCUACAAGAGAUUUUCUUCUUCGGCAUCAUUAGUCAACCACUUUAUCUACCUUCACAGGGUAGCUAAAGGAAACCUAAAUUGGAUAUUAAAUAUGAUAGAAACAAAAUGUGCCACCAAGAGCACAUCAACGAACCAGGAUCCGCCAUGUAUUGCCCAGGAGAUUAGACCGCAUCAAUCUCAGCCAGGAACACUAACUAAUAUAAAAAAAACAAAAUGUGCCACCAAGAGCACAUCAACGAACCAGGAUCCGCCAUGUAUUGCCCAGGAGAUUAGACCGCAUCAAGCUCAGCCAGGAACACUAACUAAUAUAAAAAAAACAAAAUGUGCCACCAAGAGCACAUCAACGAACCAGGAUCCGCCAUGUAUUGCCCAGGAGAUUAGACCGCAUCAAGCUCAGCCAGGAACACUAACUAAUAUAAAAAAAACAAAAUGUGCCACCAAGAGCACAUCAACGAACCAGGAUCCGCCAUGUAUUGCCCAGGAGAUUAGACCGCAUCAAGCUCAGCCAGGAACACUAACUAAUAUAAAAAAAACAAAAUGUGCCACCAAGAGCACAUCAACGAACCAGGAUCCGCCAUGUAUUGCCCAGGAGAUUAGACCGCAUCAAGCUCAGCCAGGAACACUAACUAAUAUAAAAAGUAAUGUCUGUCUGUCCGUCCAUUCGUAUCUAUACUGCUACUUUAUUUAUCCACCUAUCUAUCUAUCCAUCCACCCAUUAUUCCAAACAUAA